UUUCAAGCAUGUUAAGCAUGAAGGCAGAUAUUUUAAAAUUAUUACAUGUAUUUCCCGACCAGAUGCUGCCGCUUUCUUUUUGAUUUAUCUUUCAGCUUAUCGUUACCCGGAGGAUUCUUACUAGUCUUGGUAACCUUCAGCGCACGACAAUCCCAUCAAUUCGGUAUUGAACCAACAUCAUGUUGAUUCUGGUGGGAGAUUAGUGUAGUGGCAUUGGACCAUAAUCACACAAUCCUCAAAGCUGAACACAAGACUACUCGGAAAAUAGAUAUUCAAUAUUUAGCACGGAGAAAUACCUAACAAUGGAGAAGGCGCGGAGAAGGAAUUGAAUGGACUGGGUUUGAUCGGAUGGCGUGGCUCGUCCAUGCAGGCGUGGUCCAUCUCAAUGUUACUUUAUAUCUUCUAUUCAUAUUAAAUAUAUUGUUCUUUCUCUAGCCUAACCUUGUUCUACAUCAUGUAUUGGUAAUUGAUACGAUACAGUGAGUUGGUGUAGUCGAUGGUGUGACUUCCACGUAAGAUCUUAUAGAUUAGGCAGUUAUAUCAUGACGAAUCUACAAUUUUGGGAUUAGGUCUAUUAUUAGAGCAGUACUAAUAUAAUGGUAGACCAUAAUUCUACAAACUCACUUUGUAAUUAAUUGAGUUUAGACACUAAAAAUAUCAAUGACAUUUUACAGCGCGUUCAAGCAAAUACUGAAGUUGAAGUAUUCCAUGAAAACGGGAACAUGUCUAUGAUUUGCUUCAGCCGCAGAGAGCAAAUUGCUGUUUACCACGCGUUCCUGGAGGUAAUAUGUAUUGAUUCGACUUAUCAGACCAAUAAAGUCGGGUAAGUAACGAUUAGUAAUAAAUUUAUCUGAAAGUUUUCCACUGUUUCAGCUAGUAGUGACUGAUAGUCUUGGGGAAGGGCACACUUAUGUAUGCUCUUUGCGGUCAAGAACGACGCGAAGAUGUCGAAAAACUAUUGGGAUGUUUUAAAGAGAUAAUGUGCGGUACUUAUACUACACGCAUUUUCAUUAUUGAUUCGGCAGCGACUGAAAUUUCAGCUGUGCAGUCUACGCACAGUCAUUCUAACAUAAUACUUUGUUCAUUCCAUGUCUUGAGAGCGUUUUUCAGAAAUUCCGAAAUCCUGAUGUGCGCAAACGCUUGGAACACCUUGUGAUGACUAGACGGUCUGAUAUAUUUACUAGGAAGUACGAACAUCUAAGGACGCAUUUCACACGCGCGUAUGAUUACAUAAAAGAUUACUGGGUUGCCCGGAAGUCAAUGUGGGAUCGCUGUUACCGGCGACAUGUAUUAAGCCUGGGCAACCACACAAACAACCGUGUCGAAAGUGCUCAUAAACACCUAAAAGAAUGUCUCAGAAGAGGUGAUUCCCUGCUAUUGACUUUCUGGAAAAUCUGGAGUAAAACAGACAUCGACCUACGUUUGCGUCUAUAUGACGCUGUAAGGGAUCUUCAACGUUUCCCGAUUCUUCAGGUUCCAAUGUCAUUUCGAACUCUUCUAAACGAGUUCACAUCUUUUGCAGCUAAAAUUGUAGCUGUAAAUUAUAAACGUGUUCGGACAAUGAGACACGAAUGUAUAGAAGGAGAAUACAUCCGGUGCUACGACAAGGGUAUGAUGUAUGUUGUUGUUACUUCACGUGCACGAUGUGCUUGUGAGCGUCUCAAUGACUACAUGCUGCAAUGUGGUCAUAUUUUGUAUGCACAUUCUAAAGAUCUGAUUCGUGGAGGUAUGUGUGUUCCUUUAUCUCUAUAUGUUUUGUAGACUUAUUUCGACAUAGCAACCGGUGGACAAGAAAAUACAUAAUGGACCUGGUUCUUCGUGCACUGGACAACAUCUCAGUCUCUACAGGGAGUGAUGAUCUGCUAGAGAAGUACACUAGCAACUACCACUCAAUCCAUGCUCUUAGUGAACCUUUGGCAAGUAAACUCAUCCGUUCAUGCCUCGAAGCAUCGGAAGACAUAUGCGCACAAGUGAUGAGUUCAGUCGGUGCUAAUGAUGAAGCUACAACGUCAGAAUCAAUUGUUAAUACAGACCAUAGCUAUGCUUCUUGAUAACAAGAAGUUCUAAUAUUGUAGUCUUUUAGUUUUACAUAAAUUCAUUUAUAUGGCCA